UAUUAAGAUUUGGCUUGUUCGUUAAAAUCCUUUAUACAUAUUUAUUUGAAAGUAAACAGGCUUAAAGUUCAAUACACAGGAUUUUUUAUUUUGCUUUUUAUAAGUCUUCUUGUGAAAGUUUUGAAUGUUGGGAUAUUUUGGGUGUAAACGACUUUGAUGGCAACAAUCAUAAAUGUGGCACUACCGUAAAGGUCACUGUGCUUAUAAAUAGGUUAUGCGGUGUUAAACAUGGCGUCAAAAACCGACAAGAAGUAAAUAAAACUGACAGUUUAAAUUUUUGUAGAAUAUUGUUGGAUUUAAUCACUUUUGUUCACUAUGUAUUUUAUGUCUGAUUUUUGCCGAGUUUGCCUUCAAGGGGAAAAAGGACUUAAAGACAUUAUGAAGGACAAAGAAACUCCCGAUAGUUUAUACAGCAAAUUAAAGUUAUGUGUGUCAGAAGUUGAUUGGUGUAUGUAUAAGACUAUGUUUAUAUGUGAGAAGUGUGUAAUUAAGUUGAACACAGCAUUUGAAUUCAAGUGUCAGUGUAUCAAAUCUACAGAAAUUUUAAGAAACUUUUUAAAUCAAUUGGGUAUUGAAGAAAGUAAGACUGACGUGAAACGACAUGAAGUAAAUUCAACAAUUGUAGAAGAAAAUUUAAAAGCAUCAAAGGAUAAAUCGGACUUAAAUCCAGCAUCUUUUGUUCAUGUAAGGCCUGAUCAACAACUAUUUACACCUGGCCACUUACAAAAUGUGAUAGUUUCUCCUAGUGCAACACAAAGUGUUUUUCCUAAUCUGUUUUUUAAUCUAAUCCCAACAAAUUUAUUGAAAGCUUCAAGCCCACCUCCUUUAAGUUCUGUUAGUAGGCUUCCACUAUCAAAGACUGCUCCUCAAGCAAAAGAUGCAAAUCAAAAUAUGUUUGUGAGCAUUCACAGAUUUUUUCCUGUAAUUUCUCCAACAAAAGAUAGUACCAUUAUUCAGUCAUCAACAAAUCAUAGUGUUAUGCCAUCUAUUUCAACAAAUAAUGUUCAACCAGAAAUUACAAGACCUGUAGUUAAAUCAAAGGAAGUUUCACAAAUAUUAACUGAAAACAAUAGUGAAGAGUUAAGCAUUGAGAUUGAUCCAGCAUGUUUUGAUUUAGAAGACGAGGAGAGUCCAGACAGUAUAAAUAAGUCAGAAAUGAACAUUUUAAGAGACUGGGAAGAUGUUAUUGUAAGUAACAAGAUAUCCUCUGAGCAUGACAAUAUAAAUAUCAGAACAUCCUUAAAUAACUCACUUCCUACUUUAAACAAAAUGCUGGAAGUUAACAAUAGCCCUGCACCUCUUGACAUAGGAAGUAUUCAUAAACGAAGUAAUACUCACAAUCCACAUAGUGCCAGUAUUUCAAUUGUCCCAAAACAGCAGGUAUGUGUACUCAGUUACUUUGAGAAUAAAAUAAUUCUUUAUAAUUUUUAACAAAUUACAUUAGAAAAAUGUU